CAACAAAACCCUAGAUCCAACCCCGGCGGAGAUCGCCGGAGCUCGGCCUCCGAGCUGCGCCCCCUCUUACGAUAUCGUUUCCGAGUCUCCUCCAUCUCCCCAGCAGUUUCUUUAGCAGAGAAGAAGAUGGAAACCAACGGUCUCGUGAAUCGCCUGUCUCAUCUCCGCAUCAACGAUCCGCUCAUCCUCAACGUCCAGCUCUUGCUCUUGCUCGAGCAACGCAUCUCCCACCCUUUCACCUCCAUGGCGAACGACGUCCUGUCAGCGGGAAGCGCCAUCAUCGACAAGAUCCGCGACAACAUAACGUACGUCAAGGCCUCAGGGAUCCACGGGGAGGCACCACAUCUGUUCCUCGACGACGACCAGUGCCAGUGGAACAGGACGUAUCAGAUGCUGGCAUCUGCUUUGUAUCAGAAGGAAGUCUUCUCCCACUUGCACACUGUCAUUCCAGAGUACAGAGAUGCUCCAACCGUGGAAGAUUGGAGGCAGGUUGAAAUCAUCUGCGCGCUCUUGAACUCUCUCUCCAUUGCAAUGGGGAAAUUGGUCGCCUCAGCCCCUUGCCCUCCCACCACCAGCACAAUGUUCUACGAGGCAUUGAUGGUCCACUUGCAGAUUGUCAGUUGUGCAGCAGCAGCAACAACAAAUGGUGAUCAUCAGUUCCUCGGCAGCUUCAUCGAACCGAUGCAGGAAAAGAUGGACAAGUACUGGAAGGAAUGUGGGUUGGUUCUCGCGAUUGCUGUCGUCAUGGAUCCUCGCUUCAAAAUGCAGUUUGUGAAAUUCAGCUUCCCCAAAAUCUUCGGCAACGAGUCUUCUCACUACGUGAAGAUGGUCGAUGACGGGCUCCAUGAGCUCUUUGCCGAGUACCUUGCGCUUUCUCCACCUCCAUUCCCUGCUCCCAACGUUGAUCGAGUGGGCGAGCACAACCAGCUGGCGGGGAGUAUUUCGGGAUACGGGCUGGCAGAUUUCGAUGUGUACAUCAUGGAGGCGACAACAAGCAAGCAGUUCAAGUCGGAGAUGGACCAGUAUCUGGACGAGGACCUCCAGGAUCGGAGCUCGAAUUUCGACGUGGUGGAAUGGUGGAAACAGGAAAGUGUGAGGCUGAGGUACCCGACGCUGUCGAAGAUGGCGAGGGAUAUAUUGAGCAUUCCUCUGUUUACUGCUUGACGGUGUCGGAUCUUUCAAACCCUGCCUUGCAAUUGGAGAACUAGGACUAGGAUAAUUUUUUUUUU